AUUUGAAAUGAAGAAUAAGAUCUUGAUUUUAGGUUUAGUUGCCAGUGUAUUAUUCAUUGUUUUCAUCUCUUCAGUUAAGGGUGAAGAGCCAAAGAUGAAGAAACUUGCCUAUUCUAUUGUUGAUGAAAGAAAUAGGGCUAAAGAAGUUUGUUCAAAGGUUCUUGAUGCUGAUAAGAAUCAAAAACUCUUCAAGAGAUGUGUUAAGGAUCUUGUUGUUAUUGCAAAGAAGAGAAUUAAGAAGGAGGCUCAAAAGAAGAAGAGAAAGCUUGUCAAGAAUUAUAAGAAGAAUAUUGCUCUCUUGUUAAAGUCAAUCAAGGCAUCAAUGGCAGCUCAAACUGAAAAAGUAGAUAAGCUUGUUGAAUCUUUAAAGCAAAAUCUUGAAAAGGAACAAGCCAAGAAGUGUGAAGUCCCAAAGCCAGCUGAAAACUCUGAAAAGAAAGUUGACGAAAAGAAGGAAGAAAAGAAACCAGAAUCUCAACCAUCUCCUCAAUCUCCAUCAAACAAUCAACAACCAGCAAGUAAUAACUCUCAAAAUAAUUCCUCCAAUAAUCAAAAACCAAAGAAUAUCAACAAGCCAACUGGAAAAUCAAGAAAUUCUUCCAAUAAGAAGGUUAAUUCUUCUUUCAAGAAAAUCAAACAAUUUACAAAUAAUACAAAGCAAUCCAAUACUAAUUCCAAUAAGAAACUUGCCAAAAUUCCAAAAGCAAAGGCAGUCCAACAAGCAAUUAGCAAGAAUAAGCCUCUCCAAAGGAGUGUUACCGAGAAGAAAAAAAUAAUACUAGAUGAAGAUGAUGAAUUAAAUGAUCUAUCGGAAGAAGAGGAAGAAAAAGUUGAUGAAGAUUCCGAUUAUGAAGAAUCUAAAAAGAAAAAAUCGAAAAAGGACAAUAAAAAGGAAACCAAAAAGGAGACAAAGAAGGAUAGUAAGAAGGAAAGUAAAAAGGAUACAAAGAAAGAUAGUAAAAAAGAGUCUUCUAAAAAAGAAUCAAAAAAGAAGGAAACAAGAGAAGUUAAAAAGAAAGAAACAAAGAAGGAAACAAAAUCUUCAUCAUCAUCGGAUCAAACAGCAACUUCUACAACAAAAGGUUUAUUACCUUUCAAAUUAAAAUUAGGAUUUACAAAAGGAAAACGAAAGCGAUCAUUCAGACAAAUUGUUUCAAAACAAGAUUUAGCUAGCGAGGAUGUUGAUGAAAAUGAAUUGGAAAAUCAAGAUAAUACAAAUGGAAAUCAACAACAAAAUUUGACCUAUUCUUCCAUACAGGUUGGAAGUUUUUCACUCUAUCCUAAACCAAAAUAUUGUGAUAUUACUGGACUCUUAUGUAAAUAUACCAAUCCACACAACAAAUUACAAUAUCAUUCAUCAUGUAUUCAUCCAUUAAUUUCCUCACUUUCAGAAGAAAAGAUACAGCAAUAUCUUUCUGUGAGGUCUUUAAAAUAA